AUGUAUGAAGGUACUGGGGAUCCCGACAAUCAUAUUGCUCAGUACAAGCAACGCAUGCUAGCAGUAGUAAUCCCUCGGGAUGCACGGGAAGCUACCAUGUGCAAAGGAUUCGGUUCAACCUGGACCGGCCCUGCUCUCCAGUGGUAUAUCAACCUGCCUAACGAAUCCAUCAAAUCCUUUGCAACUCUUAGCGAUAAGUUCGUAGAGCAGUUCGCUAGCAGCCUUGACUUAGAGAAGAACUCAGAUGAUCUCUAUGAGAUCCUCCAGCAUAGGAAUGAGCCCCUUCGUUCUUACAUAGCUCGCUUCAACCAAGCAAAGGUGGCAAUCCCUGAGUGCAACGCUGAUAUGGCUAUCUCAGCCUUUAAGAGGGGUCUACUUCCGGAGGGAGAUCUUUACAAGGAGCUGAUCAAAUACAAGUGCAGGAUUAUGGAAGACGUACUGUCUCGUGCUUGGGCUCAAGUAAGAUGGGAAGAAGACGUUGCUAGUAGGGCCAAAGCCGGCCCGAAGUAUGAUCAGAAGUCAUCAAAGCCUACAAGGACUGACCGCGACGAGCCUUCUCACUCUAAGUCCGCUAGGGAGACUAGUAACCCGAACAGGGGCAGGUAUCAGCAUCGACCUUUGCCUAGACCCGAAGGGAUGAUGGUAUCUACUUGGCCUGACAUCUCCCAUCUUGCGAUAUCCAAACCGGAACUGAUCGGUGUCUUACGACAAAUGGUUCCUCAAGUCAAGUGGCCUCCCAAGAUGAAGGCCGUAGAGGCUAAUCGAAACCCAAGCGAUGGUGCGAGUUCCAUAGUGACCAUGGUCAUACUACGGAGGAUUGCAUAG